AUGGAGGAUAUCAAAGAGGAAAUAGAAUACUGGAGUAAUGCAGUGAUUUGUUAUGUACUUGGAUCGAAUCCACCUCCAGUAGUUAUAAAUGGCUACUUCCACAGAAUCUGGGGGAAAUUGGGAAUAGACAAGGUUGCUCAGGUGAACAAAGGUGUAUUUCUGGUUAGAUUUACGCAAGCUGAGAGUAGAAUGAAGGUGUUGGAAGAUGAAGUCCAGAUGUUUGAUAAAAAGCCUGUUAUCAUAAAGCCUUGGACACCAGAUGUAGACACUAGAAAGGAGUUGUUCAGUACUGUGCCUAUAUGGAUUAGGCUCCCAGGGCUGGACAUCAAGUACUGGGGAAAGAAUUCAUUGACAAAAAUUGCGGAAUUAGUGGGUAAACCUCUAAAAGCAGAUAGAGCCACAACAUGGAAGGAGAGGAUGACAUUUGCAAGAGUGUUAGUAGAAGUUACACUUGAUCAGCCUUAUCCACAAAGCAUAAUGUUUGAGAAUGAAAUAGGGAAAAUAAUUGAACAAAGGGUGCACUAUGAGUGGAAGCCAACACUAUGCAAAGAGUGUAACAAUUAUGGGCAUGAGAUGGUGGAGUGUAGGAGACAUAUUCAGGCAGAAAAACAGAUGGCAGCUAAAAAAGAAGGGGAUACGCAGAAUAAGGCAGAAAAGGAAAAGGAGCAGAAUAAAGAUGGAAAGCAGGAAGGGAAUCAAAGUCAGAUUGGAAGGGAACAAAAUGCUAGUGAAAACAACAAUGUAAAGGAGGGGGUUAAGGCAAUAUACAUACAGAAGGGGAGUAGAGCACAAAGAGGAAAGGAUAUAACCAGAAACAACAUCAACUUAGAGAAUUCAUUUGGUGCAUUGGGAGAGCCAAGUAACCUGGGAGUAGCGGAAUAG